AUGGAGGGGGGAGUGACAGAGACGAGCAGUGCGAAAAUGCAUGGAGGUUACAAUAAGCGAUACAAACAUCACAGCCAUACCCUGGGAUGCUCCAUGAACUUCCACAUAUACUUCCCACCUUCCGAUUCCACUGAUUCCCCCAAAUUCCCAGUUCUCUAUUGGCUAUCUGGUCUCUCUUGCACCGAUGAGAAUUUCAUUUUCAAAUCCGGUGCUCAACGCGCCGCUUCUCAACACGGAGUUGUCCUGGUCGCUCCCGACACUUCUCCAAGAGGGUUGAAUGUUGAAGGUGAAGCAGAUUCAUGGGAUUUUGGUGUAGGUGCGGGAUUUUAUCUCAACGCCACACAAGAGAAAUGGAAGAACUGGCGCAUGUAUGACUAUGUUGUCAAGGAAUUGCCCGAGCUUCUACGUGAUAACUUUCCACAGCUUGACACAUCAAAAGCUUCUAUAUUUGGCCAUUCUAUGGGUGGGCAUGGUGCACUAACUAUCUACCUGAAAAACCUGGAUAAAUAUAAGUCAGUUUCUGCCUUUGCACCGAUAGCAAAUCCUACAAAUUGUCCUUGGGGACAUAAGGCAUUCACUAAUUAUCUAGGUGGCAAUAAAUCUGACUGGGAGGAUUAUGAUGCCACUUAUCUGGUAAAGAAGUAUUCCAAUGUAUCUACCACCAUUUUGAUUGAUCAGGGGGAAGAUGACAAAUUUUUGCCUGAUCAACUGUUGCCUCACAAGUUUGAAGAGGCCUGCAAGAAUGGCAACGUUCCACUGUUGUUACGUCUUCAACCUGGUUAUGACCACUCCUACUAUUUCAUUGCCACCUUCAUUGAUGACCACAUCCGGCAUCAUGCUCAAGCUCUUAAAGCUUAA